UAAAAGCUGAUAAAGAAGUUAAAAGUCUACAGCCACUAACAUCUAGUUUAGAGAAAGAGAGGAAUGAAUUGCUUGAAAAAAUUAAGGAAUUAGAAGCAAGAGUAGAAGAAAAAGAUAACAUAAUAGAGAAUUUAGAAGAAAGAGUAGACAUGGAAGUUGAAAUGAACUUGAAAGCACUAGACAAAUCCAAAGAAUAUCAUGAUAGAAAUCUUUUCUUAUUAGGAAUGUCAAAGGACACUAUUAUAACUAAUUUUAAAUUAAAAAUUCAAGAAGAAGACAUUACUUUCACUCCUGCUACCCAUGAAAUAAUGGCAUAUGAUAACAAUGGAGAUUGUGCUGAUAUUGCUUCCAUCUGUGAUAAUUGUAAAAAAGAUUUUGAAAACAAUAACCUUUCUUGUGGCAGAUUACAAAGAAAUAGGAGAGGUUGUUAUUGUAAUCUAUUGAAAGAUGGAAAAUUUAGAACACUUUCUGCAGAGGAGGGAACUUCCCAAACUAUCAAAUCUUGUUUAGCAAAGGAAACCAAAGAACUUGAAAGGAAAUUGAAAACUGCCAAGGAGGAGUUGAACGUUGAAAAAGAAGAAGUAUAUAGUCAAGUUUCAGGAAAAAUCUGA